AUGCCUCACCUCAACAGCCCCGAGUCACCACCCAAGAUCCGCAUCGCGAUAGACCGCGGCGGCACCUUUACAGACUGUCUCGGCAUCGUCCCCAACCAGCCUGACAUCCUCGUCAAGCUCCUCAGCAGUGACCCCAGCAACUACAAGGAUGCACCGACAGAAGGUAUCCGGCGCAUCCUCGAGGCCGCCACGGGCCGGACGCUGCCUCGCGGGGAGAAGAUUGACACAUCAGACAUUGAGAGCAUCAAGAUGGGCACGACUGUGGCCACCAACGCACUCCUAGAACGUUCAUCGACGCCCUGUGCGCUGGUGGUGACCAAGGGCUUCAAGGACCUGUUGAGGAUAGGGGACCAGACGAGACCAGAGCUCUUUGAUCUCAACAUUCGGAGACCUGAGACGCUGUUCGAUGAUGUGUUGGAGAUUGAUGAGCGCGUCACCCUCCAUGACUCUUCCGAAGAUGCCUCGACAUUACGGGACCCCAACAGAGCGUCGUUGGAUCUGAAAGAGGGCAUCGGCGGCGAGGCGAUACGGAUCCUGCAACCACUUGACGUCGACAAGGCAAGGCAAGGCUUGCAGUCACUCUACAACAAGGGCGCACGAGCCCUGGCCAUCACAUUACUACACUCAUACACAUACCCAGAGCAUGAGAUUCGGCUCGGGGAGAUUGCCUCGGAGAUUGGCUUCACUCAGAUUAGCCUGUCCUCACAAAUCUUCCCCAUGAUCAAGGCCAUCUCGCGUGGCUACAGUGCCACAGCGGACGCCUACCUCACGCCCCUGACCCGUGCGUACAUUGACGGCUUCCGCAAAGGCUUUGUGGGCGACCUCGAGGACGAGCACGGCGCGCGGUGCGAGUUUAUGCAGAGCGACGGCGGUCUCGUCGGAUGGCAGGGCUUCUCUGGGCUCAAGGCCAUUCUGUCCGGCCCGGCGGGUGGUGUCGUUGGCAUGAGCAGGACCUGCUUCGACGUCAACCGUCGAAAGCCCAUUAUUGGCUUCGACAUGGGCGGCACGAGUACUGAUGUCUCGCGGUACGCGGGCACGCUGGAGCAUACCUUUGAGUCUAUCACGGCAGGUAUCACCAUCCAGUCGCCCCAGCUCGAGGUGGACACGGUCGCCGCAGGCGGCGGCAGCAUUCUGUCGUAUAAGAAUGGGCUCUUCCUCGCGGGGCCAGAGUCGGCUUCAGCGCAUCCCGGUCCAACCGCCUACAGAAAGGGCGGUCCCCUCACGGUCACGGACGCCAACCUCGUCCUCGGUAGACUGCAGGCAGACUACUUCCCCAAGAUCUUUGGUCCCAAAGAGGACGAGCCGCUGGACUACCAAGGGGCCCGUGCCGCCUUUGAGAAGCUGCUGGUCCAGGUCAACGAGGAUCUCGCCGCGUCGGGGGCCACGCCCAAGACGGUCGAGGAGCUGGCGCUUGGGUUCCUGCUCGUGGCCAACGAGACAAUGUGCAGGCCCAUCCGGUCACUGACAGAGGCCAAGGGGUACCGCACGUCGGACCACGAGCUGGCCGUCUUUGGCGGUGCGGGUGGGCAGCAUGCGUGCGCCAUCGCCGCCAACCUGGGCAUUGGCCGCAUCCUGAUCCACCGCUACUCGUCCAUCCUGUCGGCGUACGGCAUGGCGCUCGCCGAUCUCGUCCACGACGUCCAGCUGCCCUGCUCCAUGGACCUCGAGACCUCGCUGGACGAGCUCGACCGCCGUCUGGGCGAGCUCGAGGCGACAGCCGUGGACAAGCUCGUGGCCGAUGGUGCGCCGCGUCACUCGAUCAACUUUGAGCACUUUCUCAACCUGCGAUACGUGGGCUCCGACACGACCUUUAUGAUUCCCCGACCGGAGAAGGGCACGUGGACAGAUGCCUUUACGGCCGAGCACAAGCGCCAGUUCUCCUUUAUCAUGUCGGGACGCGACGUCGUGGUCGAGAACGUGCGCGUGCGUGCCACGGCAUCCAGCGCAUCGGUGGAGCCCGCCUUCAACCUCGAGAAGCAGCUCCGCGCGGCGUCCAUGGCGGCGGUGGGGGGAGACAAAGUCUCUGACCGCGUCAAGAUGUUCUUCGAGGCUGGCUGGGUCGAGGCACCGCUAUACUUCCUCACGUCCCUGAGCAAGGGCGAUGUGGUGCAGGGGCCGGCAAUCGUCCUGGAUGACACGCAGACCAUCGUCGUCAGCCCGGACGCGAAGGCUAUUAUACUGGAGCGCCAUGUUGUUCUGGAAAGGGAGCAGAAGACCGCAGCGCAGCCUGUCGAAGAGGUCGCCCUGGACCUGAAGAAGGUCGACCCCGUCACCCUCACCAUCAUGGGCCAUCGCUUCAUGUCCAUCGCGGAGCAGAUGGGCCAUGCCCUCCAGAAGACGUCCGUGUCCGUUAACAUCAAGGAGCGUCUCGACUUUUCUUGUGCGCUGUUCAGCCCCGACGGUCGCCUCGUCGCCAACGCGCCCCAUGUCCCAGUGCAUCUUGGCAGUAUGCAGAAUGCUGUCGUGUACCAGCACGAGAAGUACAAGGGCCAGCUUCGGCCGGGGGACGUGAUUGUGUCCAACCACCCUAUCGCGGGUGGCACACAUUUGCCAGAUAUCACAACCAUCACCCCCGUCUUUGACGACGUAGGCAAGGAAAUCAUCUUUUACACGGCCAGUCGAGGCCAUCACCAAGAGAUUGGAGGCAUCCAGCCUGGCAGUAUGCCUGCUGGCAGUGUGGAGCUCUUUGAGGAGGGUGCGAUGAUUGUCUCCGAGUUCCUCGUCCGGGACGGCCAUUUCGACGAAGACAUGAUUACCAAGAUCAUGUAUGAGGAACCUGGCAAGUUCGACGGCUGUGCCGGCACCCGUAAGCUUGCCGAUAACAUCAACGACCUCAAGGCCCAGGUGUCGGCCAACGCCAAGGGUGCGUCGUUGGUCUCGGAGCUCAUCGCAGAGCACGGUCUUACCACGGUGCACUUUUACAUGCAUGCCAUUAGUGAAAAUGCCGAGAACUGCGUGCGCGAGUUCCUGCUCAAGACCUACCAGGAGACGGGCGGGAAGCCUCUCUGUGCUCUGGAUCACAUGGAUGACGGCACGCCCAUCCAACUGACCGUCACCAUCGACCCGGACACGGCCAGCGCCCACUUUGACUGGACAGGCACCGGUGAAGAGGGCUACCACUCUUUCAACGCACCCCAGGCCAUCACGCGCAGCGCGACGUUGUACGUGCUGCGCUGCCUGAUCAACCAAGACAUUCCCCUGAACGAGGGUUGCCUGCGGCCCUUGACCUUCACCAUCCCCGAGGGCUCCAUCCUCAACCCUUCGCCUACGGCCGCUGUGUGCGCUGGCAACCCCAUCACCUCGCAGCGCGUGACGGACGUGGUCAUCAAGGCCUUCGCGGCAUGCGCGGCCAGUCAGGGUGACUGCAACGUCUUCUCCUUUGGCACGGACGGCGACGUCGACGCCUCCGGGACACCGAUCCCCAACACCGGAUUCGGAUUCGGCGAGACCAUCUGCGGUGGCAGCGGCGCCGGGCCUGGGUGGCAUGGCACGUCGGGCGUGCACAUCCACAUGACCAACACGCGCAUCACCGACGCCGAGGUCCUAGAGAAGCGGUACCCCGUGGUCCUGCGCGAGUUCAACAUCCUCCCUGGCAGCGGCGGUCGCGGUCAGUGGAACGGCGGGAAUGGUAUUCGACGCGUGUACGAGUUUGGCCGUGACAUGGCCAGCUCCAUCGUGAGCGAGCGCAGGGCGUACCGACCGUACGGGAUGGAGGGCGGUGAGGACGGGGCCUGCGGGGUGAACUACAUUGUCAAGGGGGGCGAGGGCGGUCGCUGGUGCCGUCUUGGAGGGCGCAAAGACUUCCGGGUGCAAAAGGGCGACUGGUUCGUCAUUGACACGCCGGGCGGUGGUGCUUGGGGUGUUGGUUCUGGAGUUGGGGCUGGCAGCACGACCUCGGAUGGGACAAAGCGCGUGGAGAGGCGGUUUGUGAGCCAGUUCCGACUGGCGCAGGAGGCUAGCAACUAGAGUAAGGCGAUGAGCGGGAAUGAGGACGAAUUAAUACCUUGUACUUGACCGAGGGUCUUUGAAGGAGGGAGUGGUGGUGAAAGUUGAAA